UCCUUCUUUUCAUUCUUGGGCGAUAUAACUAAAGAAAACACCUCUUUCUCUCUCUCUCUCUCUCUCUCUCUCUCUCUCUCUCUAAAAAAACACUGUUUUCUUCUUCCGAGUGGUAAGAGGCCCAAAGCUCACCAACCACAACAAUGGCUUCCUCGUCUUCCCUUACUCUAUCCCAAGCCCUCCUGGCCCGAGCCAUCUCCGUCCAUGGCUCCAACCCUUCCUCUGACCGCGUUUCUCUCUCCUCUAUCACAAUCCCCACCUUCUCCGGCCUCAAAUCGUCGUCAACCUCCUCUUCUUCGCCUUCUAGGAUGGCGCGCCGCCGGGCGAAAUCGAGCCGAGGUGGAGCCGUGAGGGCGGCGGCGGUGGAGACGCUGGACAAGACGACGGAGACGUCGCUGGUGGAGAAGUCGAUCAACACGAUCAGGUUCCUGGCGAUCGACGCCGUCGAGAAGGCCAAUUCCGGUCACCCGGGGCUUCCCAUGGGUUGCGCGCCCAUGGGACACGUCCUCUACGACGAGGUCAUGAGGUACAACCCUAAGAACCCCUACUGGUUCAACCGCGACCGCUUCGUUUUGUCCGCCGGCCAUGGCUGUAUGCUCCAGUACGCUCUCCUCCACCUUGCCGGCUACGAUAGCGUCAAGGAAGAAGACUUGAAGAAUUUCAGACAAUGGGGAAGCAGGACUCCUGGACACCCUGAGAACUUUGAGACGCCUGGUAUUGAAGUGACAACAGGUCCACUUGGUCAAGGUAUUGCCAAUGCUGUUGGUUUGGCUCUUGCUGAGAAACACUUGGCUGCUCGUUUUAACAAGCCAGACAAUGAGAUUGUUGACCACUACACGUACGCUAUAUUGGGUGAUGGUUGUCAAAUGGAGGGGAUUUCAAAUGAAGCAUGUUCCCUUGCCGGGCACUGGGGACUUGGGAAGCUUAUAGCUUUCUAUGAUGACAACCACAUUUCGAUUGACGGAGACACAGACAUUGCAUUCACAGAGAAUGUGGGCCAGCGUUUCGAGGCUCUUGGGUGGCACGUUAUCUGGGUGAAGAAUGGAAACACUGGCUAUGAUGACAUUCGGGCUGCCAUUAAGGAAGCAAAGGCUGUCAAGGACAAACCCACUUUGAUCAAGGUCACCACGACUAUUGGUUAUGGAUCCCCAAACAAGGCAAACUCAUACAGUGUACAUGGUAGUGCACUGGGUGCCAAGGAAGUAGAUGCUACUAGGAAGAACCUCGGAUGGCCAUUUGAGCCUUUCCAUGUGCCUGAGGAUGUUAAACAGCACUGGAGCCGCCAUACCCCUGAAGGUGCCGCCCUUGAAGCUGAAUGGAAUGCCAAGUUUGCUGAAUAUGAGAAGAAGUACAGUGAAGAAGCUGCGGAGCUGAAAAGCAUCAUCACCGGUGAGCUACCUGCUGGUUGGGAGAAAGCACUUCCGACAUACACCCCGGAGAGCCCAGCUGAUGCCACCAGGAAUUUGUCUCAGCAAAACCUUAAUGCCCUUGCAAAGGUUCUUCCUGGUCUUCUUGGUGGCAGUGCAGAUCUUGCUUCUUCAAACAUGACCCUUCUUAAAAUGUUUGGAGAUUUCCAAAAGGAUACCCCAGAGGAACGCAAUGUGAGGUUUGGUGUUAGGGAGCAUGGUAUGGGAGCCAUCUGCAAUGGAAUUGCCCUUCACAGCCCUGGCCUGUUUCCGUACUGUGCCACUUUCUUUGUUUUCACCGACUACAUGAGAGCUGCUAUUAGGAUUUCUGCCUUGUGUGAAGCAGGAGUUAUAUAUGUGAUGACCCACGAUUCGAUUGGUCUUGGAGAAGAUGGACCAACCCACCAACCGAUAGAGCAUUUGGCAAGUUUCCGGGCAAUGCCCAAUGUAUUGAUGCUCCGGCCAGCUGAUGGAAACGAAACCGCUGGGGCAUACAAGGUUGCAGUCCUUAACAGGAAGAGACCAUCUAUUCUUGCCCUCUCUCGUCAAAAGCUGCCCCAGCUUCCUGGAACUUCCAUUGAAGGAGUUGAGAAGGGUGGCUACAUCGUAUCUGACAAUUCUUCAGGUAACAAACCAGAUGUCAUUUUGAUUGGGACUGGCUCUGAAUUGGAAAUUGCUGCUAAAGCGGCUGAGGAACUUAGAAAGGAAGGAAAGGCUGUUAGAGUUGUUUCCUUGGUUUCUUGGGAACUCUUUGAUGAGCAAUCAGAUGCUUACAAGGAAAGCGUCUUCCCCGCGGCCGUAUCAGCUAGGGUCAGCAUUGAGGCAGGAUCAACAUUUGGUUGGGAGAAAAUUGUUGGAAGCAAAGGGAAGGCCAUUGGAAUCAACAGCUUCGGAGCAAGUGCACCUGCAGGAAAAAUAUACAAGGAGUUCGGUAUCACACCAGAGGCUGUCAUUGCAGCGGCUAAACAAGUUUCCUAGGCUGCUCAGCUUUGAACUUUGAACUUUGAACUUUGCUAUUGGCAAUUCGGUUUCGGUUUGGGUUGGAGACCGCGGUGAAGAGGCCAUAUCCCAGAGAUUUGUUCGAUAACAGGUCUCCUUUGUUUCAAUAAAACAUAAUUAAUUUUCUUUUGUUGCUUUCAAUUCUUCAAUAGAGCAACAUGAAUCAAAAAGAGAGCGUAGGGGGUAAGAAUUUUUAUGUAUUUUAUAACAACUCUCGGACCUGUCUUGAGUUUUGUAAUGUUCUAUGGUUGAUUAAUGAGGUUCACUUUCCUA